AUGGGAAGAAAACCUUCAAAUCCAGUUGGCAAAUUAUUUUUCACCUAUAACAUUGAAAAAGACGAAUCGACAUGUAAUGUCAAAGGGUGCUGUCGACCUGUUAUGAAAGGUCAACAUAGUCAUAACCUUGAGACACACAUAAAAACAUCACAUCCACAAGAAUGGAAUAUUUUAGUAAAAGCCAAACAAGAUAUUGAGAAUGAAAAGAUUGUAAAUAAAAAAGAAAAACGUCGACUAGAUGAUACUGCGACAUUUCCAUCCAAGAAACAUGGACCAUUGGACAAGAUCAUAACUACAAGUAAGAAAAAUCUAUUUGUCAAAAUGGAUCGGGUAACUUUGUUAAAAGCGUGCACUGAGAUUGUCACAGUAAAUGGCCGUCCAUUUACCAUUUUCAACGAUUCUGGUUUUCAAAAAAUUUUAAAGCCUUUGACUGAAGCUAUCGGCGAAAACUUUACCAUAAAUUCGCAUAACAUAAAGACUCACAUAUUGUCUACUUCAAAUGAAAUAGUUUCAAGAAUAAAAACUGAUGUAAAAAAUCAGCUUGUCAGCUUAAAAAUUGAUUGUGUGAAGCGUCAUCAUCGUUCUAUAUUAGGGGUAAAUAUUCAAUAUACGAAAGAUGGAAAAAUAUGUUUGUCAACACUGGCCAUGGUCGAAAUGCAUGAAAAGCAUAGUGCAGUAAAUUUAAAAAAGAUGCUUCUUGAAACACUUGAAAAAUACAACAUUAAAAAGGAACAAUUGUAUUCUAUAACUUGUGACAAUGCUGCAAACAUGGUGAAAUUGGCUAGAAUUAUGAACGAUGAGACAGAUCAGGUUCAAAACAGUACUUUAAUGCCAAUUGAAAAUGAAAAUAACAGUGAACGCGAUGAUGACGAUUUAUGGCAGUAUGACAAUGAAGGAACACCACUUGCUACUGAUGACAUUGAAAAUGAACUUUUCAGUCUUGAAGCUGAUGAGGGUGAUGCAGAUAUAAAUGAAUUGGAAGACACUGUUCUUAAUGCCAUAACUCCUGUAGCAAUAACGUCAUGUGUGAGAUGUGCUGUACAUACAUUGCAACUAUGCAUUCAUGACGGUUUAAAGAUUGCUUCUAUUACAAAUUUCAUUUCUCGCGCUAGACAGGUAGUGAAAAAACUCAGAACACCAACAUAUUCAAGUUGGUUAGUAAGAAUGAAUUUAAAACUGGCUAUGAUCGACAAUGAAACUAGAUGGAAUUCAAUAUACAACAUGUUAUACAGAUUAAUUGAAUUAAAAAUGUUUUGUAAGGAACAUGAUGAAACCAACCCCGACUUAAAACUUACAGAUAAUGAGUGGAUAUCUGUUCAAAGUAUUGUUGAUGCUUUAUUACCAGUUAAAAUAGCAACAUUAGCCUUACAAAAACAAGAGAUAACUCUAGGAGAUUUGUAUGGUAUAUGGUGGAAAUGUAUUAAUGGGUUGAGAUCUAAUGGUACCAUACUAGCAAAACAAAUAUUAAAGUCUAUGAAAGAACGUCAAGGGCUCUAUUUUCUCGAUCCUAGAUAUCAAUGCUUGCUUACUGAAGAUGAAAAAAAUGCUAUUAAUCAUUUAAUAAAGACUUGGAAGGUUUUGCUUAAUUUAAAUGAAGAUAAUAUUGGCGAAGAGGACAAUACUGUUGAUAACACAUCUUUAGAACAAAAAUAUGAUAAACCUGAUCUUUACAAACUAGCUUGUGUUGUUCACACUGUUCCAGCUACACAAGUUAGUGUUGAGAGAAGCUUCUCGGGUUUGAAAUUUAUUUUAUCAGAUCUUAGAUCAUCAUUGUCUUCAGAAGCUCUAGAUGCUAUAAUGAUAAUUCGAAUAAUAUAUCCAAAGGGAACUUUAGCAGCUUCAACAUUCCUACCAUUGGCAACACAAUAUUUUGGCAACAUUGUCAGUUUACGGCUUACUGCUGUCAUGUCUGAAAGUUUUCAAUAA